CUUGGGAUUCUGCUGCGGACAUCCUUGCUAAUUUACUAGUCCUUUCUGCUGGUACUGGACUAGUCCUGCCAGGUGAUGAGCUCACACCAGGUUUAAGAUUUCGUGGUUUUGGGGCUAAAGUUGGUGGUUUUGGUUUCGGUGCGGUGAUUGGUGGGGGCACCCUGGAUGUACGUUGUGCUGGAACUGGUUUUCCAGGAUUUGGGCGAAGUUCAGGAAGUUUCAUCGCUCCAGGGGGUGGGUUUGGUUUUGGGAUGGAUGGUUUUUCUGAGCUGGUUUUGCUGGUUUCAGGUGAGGAAGCUGCAGGAGUAGGUUGGAGUGAAAGUGAGGCUGACUUAUCCGAAAGUGAGGCUGACUUAUCUGAAAGAGAGGUUGACACAUCUGAAACAGAGGCUGAUUUAUCUGGAAAACAGGCUGAUGAUGGUGAAAGUGAGGUUGAUUUAUCUAUCUGUGAAGGAGAAGUGUUAAGUGAAUCUGAAAUAGAGGUUGGUGAAUCUGAAAGAGAGGCUGGUGCAUUUGAAAAAGAGGCUGUUACAUUUGAGGCUGGAGAAUUUGGAAUAGAGGCUGCAAUUUCUGCUGAAUCAUGCUUUUCAGCUUUAAUUGAUGAAUCAGGAGAAAGGGAAAUAUUAUCAAC